GCGGAAGGGCUGCACCGCCGAGCCUUGGAAGGCUACGAGUCCCAACUGGGACCGCAACACCCCGACACGCUCGUCUCUGUGCACAACUUGGCCAUGCUCUUGAUGAAGCAGGGCAAGUUGGAGGAGGCGGAGGAGCUCCAUCGCAGGGCCCUGACAGGGCGAGAAGAUCAGCUGGGCCCCGUGCAUCCGAGCACCCUCAGCUCCGUCUGGAAUCUGGCAAAGCUUCUGGAGGCCAAAGGCUCCGUCUCAGAGGCAGGGCAGCUUUAUCUCCGCGAGCUGCGUGGCCUGGAGGAGCUGCAUGGUCCGGAGCACGCAGAGACCCGAGCGAGUCGCCGCAACCUGGAGCGAUUCCAACGACAGCACGGGCCAAUUGGUUAA